UUGCCAUGUACGCUUUAACUUGCAGGAACGCUAUUAGUAAGGCACGAAUCCCUUCUCGAUGCUUUGCAACUUCAUUCAUAAGGCAGCAAUCGGCAUUGCCAAAAGAAGCUGCUGGUCCAUUCACAUCCAAUAGCAAGAUCGCCUCAACUUCAAAGCCAGAAGAUAAGACCUUGGUGUAUUUAGGACCGUUUGCUGAGACUAUCCGAAAGUAUAAAAUCACAGCUUCAUUAUUUACCAUUUGCGGAAUGUGCGCUGUCCCUGCACUGCUAUCCACUGGACAGGCUCCUGUAGCGGCAUCAGUAUUGGCGGGUAUAUCGGCUGUCACGCCGACAGCAUUCAUUCAUUGGUUGAGCGGAAACUAUGUAUCCAAACUAAUUGUAUAUGACCAACCUCGAAACAUUCGACGAACAAAGGAUGUCAAAAUUACAAAGGAUAUGUUGCUGGAGAUGGAAACCUUCAAUGCCAUGGGAAAGACCAAAACUGGGAAGGUCAUGCUCUCGCAAUUAAGAGAGGCCCAACUCAAGAAGGAUACACUCAUCGGAUGGACGGAACAAGAAUUGCUUCACAAUCACGUCACUCACAAUUAAAAUAAAAACGCUGAGAGCGGAAGUAAAAGGAUUCCAGCUUUUAAUUGGUUCCAUAUAUUUUGACACGUAAUGUUAGCUCCACUUCCUGGCGUUCAUUUUGACGUAUGACAAACGAUGUUCUGCUCAGUGGGGUGCUUUUUCAAACACAUACAA